CCUCAAUCCCACUCAAAUGGCGAGUUUGAUGCUUCGCGGGCUAUUAUUUCUAAGUUUACAGUUUCAAUUAAUCGUAGCCUCCGACUUGGUAAAUUGUGUCGCUCACACUGCCAAGGCUCAUAUCAAUGGCCACAUAAGCAUCCCUGAAUCCGUAUGCGAAUGGUUGGGAAUCCCAUAUGCGUCUCCUCCGACCGGCCAACUUAGGUUCUCACUGCCCAAGAAGUUCCAACUUAAGGGAUCUAUAAAUGCUGAUAAAUAUGGCUUUGACUGUCCGCAAACUCCGUCUAACUCAUUUGUGUACCCGAAUGCUACAUUGCAGUAUUUGAGGAUAUAUGCCAACUUCGUCAAUCAGCUUAAUAACACACAGAGUGAAGAUUGCCUAACGCUUAAUGUCUGGUCGAGAAGACCUAACUCUGGGCGCACAUUGAAACCGGUGAUUGUGUGGAUCCAUGGGGGUCGCUUCGCUACUGGCUCAAGCCACACGCCAUUCUAUCAUGGCGGAAACCUUGCGGGUGCACAAAACGUCGUCGUUGUUACAUUCAACUUUCGAAUGAAUAUCUUCGGAUUUCCGGGUUCACCCGAGACAGCCCAUAACAUCGGCUUCUUCGACCAAUAUCUUGCCGUUGAAUGGGUGUACGACAAUAUCAAGGCAUUUGGCGGUGACCCGGGGCGCAUUACGCUCAUCGGACAGUCAUCUGGUGCGGUGGCUGUCAGCAAUUGGGCGUACGCUUUCAGAGACAACCCUAUCGUUGCAGGGACAAUAUCUCAUUCAGGCAGCAUAUUCUCGUUCCCCAUUCUCAACGCCGACUUAGCUUCUGCCAACUGGAAUCACGUAGUAUCGGCACUCGGCUGUGGAGCUUCCGACUCGGCGCUUUCGUGCAUGCGAUCUGAAAACAUCUCCUUUGAAUCGAUACUGAGCGCUGUCAAGACCGUGCCACAAACAGGGAGCUCCCCUACACGCUCGGUGCCUCCAUUCCAAGCCACCGUAGAUAACAUUACGCUAUUCUCAGUGUUUGAGUAUGUUUCACGACUUAGAUCCGCCAAAUUUGCCCCGCUACCUCAUUUCCAGAUACAUGGAGAUCACGAGUCCGGAUUCUAUCGGAUAUCGGCCUUGGCUCAAGGGCGGUCACUGUCGGAAAGCGAAUGGGCUAGAUUCGAGCUUGAGUCUUUCACAUGCGCCACGGCUGCCGAAACGUACUGGCGGGCGAGAGCCGGCGUACCCACCUACCGUGCACGGUACAUGGCCGACUGGGAAAACCUGAGGCUUUACUAUCCGCCGUCAAGCGGUGCCUACCACGGCGUCGAGGUCAACAUGGUUACAGGAAAUUCUCAAUCUAUAAGCGGCAUUCCGCCUUCCCCAUAUGAGACGAAACUCGUAGGUAUCAUGCAAAAGGCUUGGGCAGUCUUCACAGCUGAUCCCGUACGAGGAUUACUCACCCUAGGUUGGCCACAUUACCAAGCUAGUGGUGAAUCGCUAAUUCGAUUGGGGGUUGACACUACGCCAAUGGUUGACAUUGUCUCUUCUACAAUGUAUGAUAGUGCAUGUUCUGCCUUAAAUCUAUCAUUUUGGGAUGUUUCCAUCCCAUAUUAAUAGGAAGAGUCAUGUCACAUUCUAGCCUUGCAUUCUAAUCAUGUGUGGUUCUGGGACGAAACUGUGUCUGUUGACUUUUCGCGGCCAUGUGGGGGCGAUAGGGGUGCUACUCAGUGCUCACCGUCGCCCUCUACCGCUCUCAGCUUGUAGGCGUCAGGCCUUCGCUUUGGAAUUGACGUUGAUACCCUACCGCAGUAGGAUAAUAGAACGAUCUAGCCCUGCGUACUGCUCCUUCUACUCCAAACCCUACCACCUUAAUUAAGCCCAUCGUCGUUUGCCUCGCCUAUUGGAUGGAAUAUUCUAAGCUGACCAUUUGGUUUCAAACUCAUCAUUUAUGUUGUCCCAUUAACGCUCUAGGGCGCCUUGCAAAAGGCAUCCAGCGAGGAUCUUGCCUUAUAAAUAAUGAGAACAGUUGAUUUAUAAUCUUUAUGCUUAUUGUUAGUUAGUUAUUUUUAAUUCAUUGAAUUAUUAUUUUUAUGAGUUAUAUUGAAGGAAAAGAGGAUAAUAUUAAACAAUGGAUUUGAGGCUGAAUACGAAAAGAUUUAGGGGAAGGAUAAUACACGUACCAGAAUACGACAGCAGAGCCAUUUCAAAUAUUAUGCCGCUGAAGAAACCGGUAUAUACCAUCACCAGCAACAACAUAGUGGCAGAGCGGGAGUAGAAACAUUAAUUAAUUACCGG